CCAGCAUUUGCCAAACUAAAAGAUAUUAACCUCAAGAAACAAGCUACACGCUACUUUUUAAACUUGUGUAACCUUACCGCAGCACUAGGUCGCAUGCCUGCUGCAGAAACAUGUAGGCUUCGCGCACCAUCACAUGCCUCAACAACCGCGAACUAUAGAUGUUCCACAGUUUUUAUACAUACAAGGAAGUAUUGCGCCUGUUCGGGCCCCCGUCUCCGUUGCCCAGCCGGAAACGGUCGCCUAUUGCCUUCCCAUACUGACAGGGCAGCAGCAGCUACUGUAGAGCUCAUCCGUGACCUUGCUUUAGGCUCCAUUCAUCAGCGACAUGGUGGAGCGGACGGCAACUCCAAUGGCAACCUUAACGACCGCGUGGAUUCGCUGGCCUCCGAGCUUAGGGCGGCAACUGGUGAUGGGGUCAGAGCCAGCGCCCGUGAACUUGGUUCUGCGAUCUGGGCGCUGGGGAAGAUCUCCACGCCUUCCUGUUGCACCCAUGCGCUGCCCCUGCUGCGAGCGCUGACAGCACCCACAACUCUUCGCGAGGCUUCGAACCAGAGCGUUUGUAAUGCUCUCUAUGGUACAGCUUUGCUUUGCCGCAGCCUAAGCGGCUCAGCCUGCGCAAGGGUCAACGCAUCCACAUCGGCAGGACUUCAGCAGGCAGCCCUGGCGCUCGCAGCCGCUUGCCUCCCACGCUUGGACACCUUCAACGAGCAGGACCUGGGAAGCACCUGGUGGUCCCUGGCCACCCUCAACUCCGCCACGUUUCCCUCCACUUCUCCUGUUGGGUGCCCUGCACCUCAUACCUCGGCGCCCUCGCCUUCUUCGCCCGCAUCACCGUUCCUCCCUUCUCCUGAACGCCGUGCUGUGCCGCCCAAGGAAGCCGUCAUCCUCCCGGCGGGACUGCUACCAGGUCUCAGCGCUGCCACCACACGCCUAAUGGUGGCCGGAUGUACAACAGCCGCAACCCCUGCAGCCAGGUCCGCAGCUGCCAAGAGGGCUGCCACGGGGAAGGCAGCGCCAAGCAAGGGGACCAAACGUGGCAGCGGCAACGCAGCCAAGGCAGAGGGAUCAGCAGCGGGCUUCAGUGCUCGCGCUGCCUCGACAGCGCUGUGGGGUGCCGUACGGCUGGGGUACCAUGAUGCGGCCAUGGUCGAUGCUGCCGUACAGCUGCUGAAACCUCAGGUUCACGACCUGGCUCGCACCGACCCAAGGGCUUUCUCCACGUGCCUUUGGGCGCUCGCGGCGUUGCAGCAACACCACCAGCAGCAGCCCCAGCACCAGCAGCUGCAGGGCAGCAGCGCAAAGGGGGUGGCUGGGUUGCUGGCGGCCGCUGCGACUCCCGCUGCCUCACGCAUCCGCUGCUUCGAUGACCAGGCCCUGUCCAGCCUGCUAUGGGCGUACGGCAAGAUGGGUGUCGCGCAGCGGCGGCUGUUUGCGGCGGCAGCGGAGGAGGUGGCACGCAGGGCUCCCUCCAUGGGGCUGCAGUCUCUGUCGGGCUGCGUCUGGUCCUUUGCUGCGCUGGGGCUGAGCGCCCCGCACAUGUUGGCGGCAGUGGGGGCAGCGCUGACAGCGGAAG